CAAGAGGUCUCCUCCUCGAUUCAUCGAUCGAUCGAUCGAUCGAAAGAGAGAUGAUCACCAGGAGCUCGAUCGGGAAGGAGCGGUGCUCACCGACGUGAACCAACGGCCGUUGGAUGUCAUGCUCUCCCAGCCCAAUCUCUUCGAUCUGCGAUUCACGGCGUCCCGAUGCACGCUUUCAAGUUCCGAUCCUAUUCGGAUGCAUGACGGCAUCGGGUGGAUCUCGAGAUCCAAUCGAAUGCUUUCUUGGGGGUUGUUCUUCGGAAAGGCUUCGUCUCCGAGGAAAUUGGCAGAAUUUGACGAGUCUUCAGUGGAUCAUGCAAGCUCAACUCAGGUCAAAGGAGGAGAUCUAAUAGCCUUUUUUUGUAUGGUCAGGAAAGCCAAAAUUGCAAAUCAUGCUAGAAAAGGCGUACAAUGCUUUUUUCCAGGAAAGAAAGAAAUGGUGGAUGCUCCUCCGAUCUACAUCAGGAACUUCAAUCAGAUGAUCAAACUCUAUGAUGUGAUAACUUCAAUGAUAAUUACGUGCCAUCCUCGUCCCAGACUGGCCUCCACGUGUCCCCCGCGGCAGUGGUACCACCCAACCUCUCCCAUUGAUGGUGAUGGUGAUAUGGACACAUGAAUCUUGGUCCCUACGUGACCAAUAACGCAUACCACCAAAUGCCAACUGUGCAGGGAAGAAGAUGCAUUGAACAAUACAUGGGAGGGGGCAGCGCCAGUCAUCAUGGCACUCAUCUAUAAUUGCAUGUUGCAUUUGCUCGUCCAACCAAGUGAGAGAAGACAUACUCACUCCACUCUUUACCAAUCUCGUCACCUCACCUCCAAAAUUAUAAUCUAUUUCUCAUACAUAUAUUUUUAAUUUUAGUUUUUCCCCAUAUAUAUAUAUAAUUCAUAAAACAAAUAGAGAAACUUAUGUUUGUAGCUUAUCAGCUGACUGUUAGUAAUAGUUUUAAUUGACAUUAGAAAUAUUUAAAAAUAUUAUUGGUUGAAUGAGUUGUUAAAGUGUCCAUAUAUAGAUCACUAUAUAUAGGUUAUAUUAAUAUUUAUAAGAACAAAAUAUAAAAAGGAGUAAUAGUAAUUAGUAGAGUGACAUGUGUGUAUUAUCAUGUAUGAUGGUUACUGUCUCAAGUUUGAGGUCAUGUAAAACCCUUUUAAGGAAAUAAUCAAAAUAUUAAAGUAAUAAUAAUAUUAUUAUUAUGUACAACAUAUGAGAAAAUAUUUAGUAAAAUCAACAAGACGAGGACAUAGUGGCCGAUUACUGUUUAUUAUUGGGCCUCAUAGGGAUCACUGGACGGCCCAUACGUCCGUCAUCAGGACGGUAGACAGUUCG